AUGUAGCUUAGGCUUCUUUAGAGUUAAAAGACCCACAUCAUGCAGCUAUAUAUUACUGUACCAUCUAAUUCUAAUUCAUAGGAAAGACACUGAGCAAUAUUUUCUCUUGUGACGAGUAAAACAUGAUGGGACAGAAUAUUUGUAUAAUACACAAUACAUUUUGAGGUGUGCUAUGUAUAAUCAUUUUAGGAGUCCACAUGCAAGGAACCUUUUGCUGGGGGGUGUAUUCAGUGCAUUAAGGAUCGUGGGUACAGUACUCGUUUAAUUCACAUCAAUAGUCACAAUUUUCCUUUUGGUAGAGAUCAUACACAUACUCGUAAGGGUAACGUUCUCGGCCUAUCAACUUCAAGUACGACGUAUGUUAGGAUUGAGAAUAAAAAAUUGGAAGUUCUGAAAAUUUUCCAUCAGUUCGCCUUUUUUGCCUGUAAUCCUUCUGCUAGUGUUAUCACUGGGCUCCUUUCAGAGCCCUAGUCAGUGUGCUUGCAUCGAUGGGAAUAACAUAGAAUCAUCGAUAAGCAGUUGCUGACUCACUAUUCUCCAAUGGAUACAGACAAAACGAAUGGUGUCAUUGCAUAUGCAAUGUUUUGACCAUGUGGGAUAGGGUGGUUAGCAAUCUCAAUUCUUCAAAAAGAGUAAAAAACUGUUCACAAACAGAAGAUUCACGACAGCUCCAGAACACUGAUCCAGCUAUAUGCUGGAACGCCGAGAAGAGGGGUAAAGAAUCCAUGAACUCAAAACAAAAAUAGAGUUGGGAUGGAGAAAAUACAGAGAACCAAGUAGACAAGACGGUGCAGCAUGUCGAUCAUGUCACAUAAUUCGGUGGCAGCUACUUGCAAGCUACCAGGGCUUUUAGAAGAAAACCGAGGGAGGAAAUGUUCAAAGGGGAAACACGUAAGGGAGAGUAGAGGCAAGAUGCCAAGAUGUGGCCACUGCACCAGCAGGAUAUAUAUAUCAUCGCUGCAUUAUUAUGACAUUUGAAACACACAACAUGUUGUGACCAUAACUAGAUGUCUAGGAAAUCUUGUUCGCAGAACGUAGUCUUUUCGGUCCACGUCAGUCAUGUCGUGGCACUCUUUUCGCGAACCAGAGAGGAUCUGGUCGUUUAGCAUGACAAUGAGGUUAUAAUAGUGUGUUGGGCAUCGUGCUGCCCAUGUGGGGACAAGUGUCCCUGCAUUGGUCACCCGGCAAUUAUAGCAAAUUCCAGCAGAAAGCCAUUUUCCCUGUCUGAAAAUGUAUAAUAAAUGAAUGGAGUCACUGGAUGGGACAUACUUCUUCAGCUGCCACGAGGCACCAUGUUCCUUUGCGAAAAACAGGGUGGAUCUGUUUGCAGCUCUUGUUAAUAUCAUUGCUCUUUGACGGAAUCCCUGAAGCAUCACCAGAUUCCGGUGAGUAAAACAGAACAUAGUUAAUUAUUGUCUGUUCCAAUUUUCUGUAACAAAUGGCCAUCUACUUUUAGUCUCAGGACAGAAUUAAUAAGUUGUUGUGUCAUGUUUUACUGUAAGGAAAUGGUUAUUGUUCACUUCAUUGGUACAAAACAUUUCUGUUCAUCUCUGUCAACCCUUGAACAUUUAUAAUGCAAAUCUUAGGUUCAUUUUGUUUCAUUUGUCUAGCUGCACAUCGUGCAUGGUAUCUAGCAAUGUAACCCCAUUCCAUGUGGCCUCCACAUCAUCUAGUUAGUGAGACAAGAGGUGCAGAAGCAUAACAAUAAAAAACCCCAGCCAAUCUCCCACACUACACUACAGUAUGUCCUGUCAGUAUACAACCCCAACAUGCAACAUGCAGUAGCCCAGGAGGGCUGUCUGCAUGCUCCAUCACAUGGCCACCCUAAGCAAAUGCAUGCGGAGAACACACUUCCAGGCUAAUCAAUCAUGCAUGCCCAUAUCAUUUGCUUUGCUUAAUCUUUCUCAUUUUAGCUUUUAAGCACUACCACUUCUUAGUGUGAUGACACAGCUAAGAUCUAAUCCUCACGCUUAAACAAUCAAUCAAGCGAGCAAGUUGGGCUCAAGAGAUCUAAACGCCGGGCAGGUGGCAGCAGUGUUCAACUUUUUCGCUUUGACCCCAACCGCACGCACCUAAUCAAGAUUCUUGCGCUUGGUUAUAACCACUAACGAGAACAUGCAUUGUGAUAUUAUUCUAUCUCCCACAUGUGGUGUUAACUACUAGUAACUAGUGCUAAUUCCAGCUUGGCCAGACACUUCCCAUUGGCUGUGGGCAUCAUGUUGCUGCAAUUAUAUGCUCAUGUUACUAGUUAAUCUCUUGUCUGUUGUAUUUUUUGCUGUCAGAAGGGAUCUGGAUAGGUUGCAACUGGGAGUAAAAUACGCGUCCGAACUGAUCGUCUGGUGCGAAAAUCGACGACCAAGAUCCACUUCAGCUUGGUAGUGACCUGUGAGGGAUCUGUGGUGGGAAGCGGCACGUGUCUGAUCCCUGAGCGUCGGUUCGUUUGUGAUGUUUGAUCCUGACCGUCGGGUGCCUGCUGGUGACAUCAUCUGUCUUUCUUUCUUGCUGAGGAGAAUGGGGCACAUUUCUGACCCUGCGGGUGCCGUGGUGGUGGGCUGCAAAGUGCUGCCCAUCUUCCACGAGAACGGCAUCGUGGACGGCGCGGUGAAGAGGAUCGUGCACAGGAUCGACGGGAAGAAGGCGGUCGCCCGGGUGAAGGAGCUCCUCAAGUGGGCCGCCCAGGCCAGGCCGUACGGCAGCAGCAACGGCGUCAGCGGCAAGAAAUGGAAGCAUUUUCUGAGCUUCCAGGGAAGGGAUGGCGGCGGUGCUGCAGCACCAGUAUCAAAGUGUGAUGACGACACGAGCUCCGGGUCCGGGUCCGGGUCCGGCGGCAAGCUGAGCUUCAAGUGGGAGGCGGGCAGCUGCUCGUCGGCGUCGUCGGUGCUAUACUCGCCGCUAUCUUUCGCGUCGGCGCCGGCCGGGAGGACGGAGCAGCAGACGCCGUCUCGGGGGAACGGGAACUACUAUAACUGUAGCAACGGGUACGCGUCGCGGCUGUCGUCGGUGAGCCAGAAGAGCACGUCAUCGGAGGCGUGCCGGAUGGCGCAGUGGAUCACCACCGAUUCAGACUUUGUGGUGCUGGAGCUGUAAGUGAAAAACAAAACAGUACGCGUCAUUAACUGAAGAUGGCAACAGCAGCAGCAGCAGGAGGAUGUUGAGAUGAAACAAGACUUUUGGGAAGCUGGUGAUGAUGACUCAGCCUCCCUUAUCAAGCUAGCUAGUUAAUUAGCCAGUGUUGUUAAUUACUUUAGUUAGUUAGGGAGGGAGGGAGCUUAAGCUGAUGCAGAUGCAUGUGCUAUCAUUUAGACUGAUGAGAAGCAAUUAAUCAAGCUGAGCUGAUGCUGAUGCUGAUGCAUGAUGGAGCAGCAAAGCAAAGCAAGCAAUGAUGGAGUUGUCAAAUUAAGUUACGUGUAUAUACACUAGCAGUUAUCCUAUAUAUGUGCGUGUCUUUUUUGAUUGAUAUAAAUAAUAAGUCCACACGUACAAUUUUUUUUUGUUCUUGAAGGGAAUGCCAUCUGGCUCAUUUUAUAUAUAUUGAGAUAAAGACAUGUUAAAUUUGUUCUUAUAUAUGUGUUGCUAUUAA